AUGUGGUCUGCUCCGCCAUCCGCCAUAAUAAAGACUUCCUGACCAAUUUGUGUCAAAGUUUCAUUAUUUAAAAGGUUAGUUUGUGAAGUCUAAGUGACUAUCUUGUUUACAAUUGUUAUGUGUCUGAAUACCUUCCUUAGUAUGCGUCAUCCAUGUUUUCAUAAUGCAAAGCAUUUCGGGGAAAAUUAUGUUUCCCUGUGAAGUUGGUAUAAUUAGUUUCAAUUUCUGUCAUUUUUUUGUAUGUAGGGAAGCAUCAUCACGUUUUGAUGAUAUUUUGAGGUUAUUUUUUGAUAAAUCCUCACUGCUGCUUAGUGAGGAACAUUGAUGUCAAAUUUGUGCCUAAUUCAAAUGUAAAUUACUGAGUUUUAUGUUUUGAGUAGUUAUGUACAGUACACAAAUACAAGUACAUCAAUUGAAACAUUAUUCCCAUGAUUUUACACACUUUAGAAUAGAAUGAAUAGUUUGGAUAAUUGAGUUAUGGGACGACGGUCUAAGGAGAAACAGCUUGUGGCUCAAGCCUCUCGUAGAAGAACAGUUCUGCAAAUUGGCCGAGUAUCAAGGAGAGAAGCCGGGGAAGGUCUGUUAAAACUCUACUAAGUGCUUAGCCCCUAACACCUUAACAUCAGUAUGCAUAUUCUCCAUACUGGUUUCUAUAGAUUUCCUUAGGUGCUGAUGAGGAGAACUUGUGUCCCUAUCAAAAGCUUCUGUAGUUGGUGAUCAUUUCCUUCAUUCUCUUGACCCUAAUGUAUUAUUCAGGGUGAUAUUUUAGGCAGAAGUUAGAUGCUUGUCACUCAAAGGGGUAAAAGAUUGAUGAUUUGAAGGGAACCACAGUGACCCUUUCAACUGCUAGUGUGCUCAGUAAGGGUCCUUGAACACACAAGGAUUACUGUAUUUAUUCGAUUAAAUGGAUUUUAGAGCAGAAGUAUUAAUAAACACCAACCUUGAAUAAAUGCUGCAUCAUGUAUGGUGUUUAUUUGAAUGAUAGACACAAAAAGCACAUAGCAAUCAAUGCUUCAAUUACAGCUGGAAAUUUUGUGUGAGCAAGACACAAAUUCUCUUUAAUGAACCAGUUCUGAUGUUGAGAAAGCAUAUUCAACAUCAGAUCUUUAUUUACUUUAUGUAUUACAGUUAUGUAGUAUUAACAAGCAAAUAGUGAAAUGGAGAAUGAUUUAAAAAAGUGACUUUUUAGACAAGCAUUAAAACGUGUUUCUGUAUUUUAAUUUCAAAUAGUAAGUUGCCAUACACUAUUAUUUGCAAGAAAUAAAUAGGAUUUUAAAUAAAUGCUACCCUUGUAUAAACACAACCCUCAAAUAAACGCAGCACUUGAAUCACACUAAAUUUAAUAAAUGCCACGGCAUUUAAUUGAAUAAGCACAGUAAGUCCUGUAAUGUCCUGUUGAUCUCAUAAUAUGACUACCAGUCAGUUAUUUUUUCUGGUGAUUUAAGGGCCAAUUGUAUAAUGGAGUAAGCAGUAUGGCUGACAUUUGUUUUUGAAGGUUUAUGCAUCAUCACAAGAAUUAAUUUUGAGGCAUUUAAGGAGAAUGAGAUAGUAGUUUUGUGGGGAAAAAAAACAUUGAGACUGGACAUGACAUCCAAACACAUGUUGCCAAAUUGACCUCACUCUUCAAAUUUGGGCACCAAGUGGUCGUGUGGACCAAAACAGUUGUAGCUUGGAUUGUGGCCCUCUGAAUCUGUUACUGAUUAAGACUAGUGCUUAUCUGGUGAACUUAACCUGCCAUGAUGGUAUUAAUUAGAAAUAAGAUGAUGCAAAUACCCAUGAAUUAUUGCUUCUGUUUUUGAAAACAGGACUUGCAACAAGUAGUCUAACAAGAGCAAUUAACCCAAACAGUAUAUCAGGUAAUAUUUGAUGUAUUCUCUGUCAAAUUAGCUAUGCCAAACUCAUUAUCAACCAGGCAAUUUUCUAUAUUCAUACAAAACUCUUUUAAAUAACAGUAUUUCUGCAUGUUCCCUGAUCUUGCCAAGAUCUGAACUUGCAAAAAAAUCCUGACAGUGUACAUGUAGAUUAAGAAAGAUGACAAAUUUUGAACCAGAGAGAUAAACAAAGUUGUUUAAUUUGUUCACUAGUUUAUUACAUUGAGUCUCCUUAUGAGAGAUGCAUAUUUGACAGUAUAAAAUAAUGGAUUUGUAUGGUAGGACAAAACAUUUGCAAAACUGCAGAUAAGAUUGUUAGCACAGCCUGGUUAGCUGAUGUUGUAGAGCACAGGACUGCCAUGUGGGAGGUGGAGAGUUAAAGUGUCCGACCCGAAUAACAUUCAGGGUCUUAAAAUAAUGAAGAAGAAUGAGCUGCCUUUGCUAUGGCAUCUGCACAUGGUUAGACAAACCAGUCUUCUCAGAUAAGGCCAAAAAACCAUAAGCCUCAUCCCCUGCAUCUUCUCUGUACUAGCCAGAAGGGGAUGUUAAAGAACCCACACACUUACUGCAAAAAGUAGGGAAGGCAGUUCCUGGUGUUGUGGUCUGGCCUCGAUUGUGAAAUUUGGAUGCUACUGCAUAAAGUUUCCUCCAAAAAAUAUCGUAAACUGCUCAAUGCAGUCUAGCCAAAGUCCCUUGAAAUGCCAAUGGAUACGGCACCAUAGAAAUCCCUCAUUGUUGUUGCUAUUUUUUAUUAUCAUAUAUAUUCCAUUAUAAUUCCAGUUUUGUGAUUAUUAAUGCUGUAUUUUAUGAUCUAGGAAUUGGGCUUCUUGGAUCAUAUGGUGAUCACAGUGAUGAUGAAGGUAAUUUGAAUAAAACAAUUCUAUUAAAAAUUUAUUAAGUGUAUAGUUUGAAUAAAACAGAUAGAGAACUUUGUGCAAGGCCAUCAACUGUAGGAGAAUGUGCUAGUUUGUUUAGUCACAAGAGUAGGACAAAGUUUCCAUCAAAGAGUUGAACUACAGAUGUUUGGAUUUGUUCCCUCAUAUAGCGCUUAGCUACAGAGGACUUGCAUGCUGCUAGAAUCAGCAAUGUUGAGUACUUUGGUUUAUUUAUCUCUGGGCAGUGAAGUAAAGCUUUUCUACAGAAUCAAGGAUCAUUAGAAAAUGGGAAACGUGUAAGAGCAGCAAAAAUAUUUGAAAAAUUGAAAGAAGUUCUAGAGAUUUCUUUUAAGCUGUAAAGGGUUGUUUUGAUUACUGUUUGAGAAAUUAUUAUCAAUUUAAAGUUAUUAAUUUGCUCAAUUAUCUUAAAUGUAAUAAGGUUUAAAAUUCAAAGUUGUGUGGUUUGCUUCCUUGUCUGGCAGAUGACGAAGAAAAUCUUGAACCUGUAGAUGAUAGAAAUGGUGGUACAAACUCCCGUGAGGAAUCUUCCCAACCCAGUCCAUCGUCAACAGAACAGCACAUGGAAAUUGAUGCCAAACUGGCAGACUUCUUUAAAGUAAGACUUGGGAUACAGGAAGGGUGUAUUUAAGAUUAAGUAAAUUAUUUGGAAUUCUCUGCUUCAGAGUGCCAUUGAAGUAUUUAUCUCAUGACUAUUUUAAUCCUUAUCAUGUUGCCUCAAACUAUGUGCUGGUAUCUUCAGUAUUCCUGUUAUGCCUUUGUUGUUACCUACGUGGACAGAUGCAGUCAUGUUGAGAUGUAAUCAUCAUUUGCUUUUUUUCUUUGUGAUAUACAAGAGAAACAAAUGACAUGUUCGUGGUUCUCCUCUCAGUAAGAGUUCACAGUUCUAAGCCAUAUAAAUGUGAUAAAGACAAAUGAACAUAUGCAUGUAGCUUGUGUACAAAUUUUUGCUUUAGUCCUUUUCUGUCAUCAUUUCUGAUAUAUUAUGAAAACUGAAAGAGCCAGGAACUGGGAAUUUAUUAAUAAUUUGAUGCAUGUACUUGCACAAUAUUACAUUAAAGUUAAAAAACAUUUCAGUUUGAUUCUCAUUUUCAUUUAGUUUCAUUUAGUAUUUGAUAAUGCUUUGCAGUUCUGUCUGAAAUAGUCCUUUUAUUACAGCAUUGCUUUCAUUUUUUACAGGAAAUAGAAUCUAUAGAUGCAGACACCACUAGCACUGUCAACGAUGGAAUAACAAACAGCCAGGCAGAAGAAGCUGUGAGCUCCACCACAGAAGAUGAACAUCCCAUGAUGUACCCUGCAGAGGGUUAUGAUAACAGUGAAGGAGCUGAUUACAAUAAAAGUGGAGGUAUUAGAAAAUGGACUUUGCCUUGUGUAUUUAUCAGAUACAUAUCACACAGGUUUUCAGGGUUUUACAAAACAUGCAUGGGUACUUUAAUUUGAAGUGUGCUUUGAAAAAUCUCCUGUCUUCAUGACAUUUUCUAAAGUGCUUAUUGGCAAGCAAUACUUCUGUUAAAGUGUUACAGGGAAAAAAUAGUUUUUUCUUGACAUACCAAUAUGACUUUCUUUUCCUUAUUGCACCCCUUUUUUAUGGCUGAAACUACAUCGAGUUAAAAUUUUCACUUUGUGUGAAUUAUGACAUCCCUUUUGUAUAACAUUUUUUCAAUGAUUAUCAAAAGAACUGAUAUUUCAGGAUUGCUUUGGUUUUGUUUCACUGUACCUCUAAACUGGUUUAGUAAAGUUGUUGAUCCUGAAGUGCAAAACUGAAGUGAAAUUUUAAAUUGAUCUUCUCAGUUUUAUUGUGCCUCAGGCAGUUUUUAAUGUGAGUUCUUAAAGGUUUCCUGUGAUAUAUUUCUAUAUGUCUAUGUCUGAUUGGUUGUUACAAUCAUUUUGGUUUUAGUUUUGCAAUACCCAAUCAAAAAGUAAUCUAAAUUUCACCAUAAUUGUUUCCCCUUGACAAAGUCUCACCCCUGAAUCACACAUUCAGGUCAGGAGAAUAUAAAUAAUGAUCAGCAACUAAAGGAGCUUUUGAUCAUGCAACAAAUUCUCCUUGUCUGCACCUUGGCAAAUGUUUGGAGAAGUGUUUGGAGAAUACUCAUACUGAUGUUGGGGUGUAAAGGGUUAAAUUAAAUUACUAUUCUGUUUUCUUCUUGAAGCUGAUACCUACCCAUGGCAGGCCUGCCUGGAUGAAGCUACAAACUGUUAUUACUACUGGAACAUGGAGACAAAUGAAGUUCAGUGGCAUCCCCCUGAGCAGUUUUUGUCAGCAGCUCCUGAAGUGCAGACUACAAGUGAUGAUAAAGUACACGUCCCUGGACACGAAGGUGAAAAGGAAGGAGCACAACAUCGUCAAGAUGAUGAAGAAAACAGUGAAGCAAAAGGUGUCUUUGUCUGAGAAACUAUGUGUUUAUUUGACUAUAUAUUUCUUUUUACAUGUUCACUUUUUCAAAAGUGUCUUUGCUUCAAUUUAGCCUCUUGCAUGUUCAACCUUGUCAUUCUCUGUUUAGCCUAUUAACUCAUAGAAGUGAUUAGCAUGUACCUUCUCCCUAUAAGAUCCUUUCAUUAUCCAGGAAACAGUUAAUGAGAAUACUCAAACUUAUCAGGUAGAAGUUGUUAUCUUGACCUAACACCAAAUUCUCUUAACUAAUUUACAAGGAAAUGUGCUGAAACUAGAGAGGAGAAUUAACAAUUAGAUCUUUGAAGUUCAAGUUUUAAGCAUGGCUCUGUUUUAUAGGAGGUAGAUGUUACACCCACACACCCACACACCCACACACCCACACACCCACACACCCACACACCCAACCUCUAAUCUGGAGAGCUUGAGCUUCCAAACUGUCCAGCCAGAGUAAUCCUGCCUGGAGAACAAACCCAGGGGUGGCAUUAAUCUCCAGUUCAACAACACUCUGUCCCACUAUGAUAACUUACAGCUUUAGAUGCUCCACAAAAAAUAACCAGUAAGCUCUUCCAGGAGCCUCCUUUGGGAGUGCUGACAGCCUCUGUCAAAGUGACCAAAACCAACUCUUAAAUUGCCAAUAAGUCUCUGAUAGUUAACCCUUUAACUCCCAGGGGUGAUUAACAUGCAACAUCUUGCUUUCCCAUCUUGUUAUCUUUUAAACAGAGAAAAAACCAGCUUAUCAGCUUGUGGGUGUUGUUGUAGAAUUUACAAGGGAAAGUGUGGUAAUAAGUAAGGAGAAUAACUGGAUCUUAGGAGUUAAGGGGUCAAGUAUGGAUUAACUGAAAAGGAAAAUGGUGUGGAAACCAAAUUAAAAAUACCAUAAAAACCCACAGAUAAGCUUCACCUGUUUUGCAAAAAUCAUCGCUAGAAAUUGGGGGUGCGGCUAAUCUGCAGGAACAUUUGAAAAAGGUAUCGUGAAUGUCGACGCCAAUGUCCAUUUCAUGUCCGAUCUAAUGCCUGGUUACUAAUCUUCGAAUGGUCCACUCAUGUUCUUGUUGUAAUGCAAAAAUCUUUGGAAAAACUGUGUUGAAUGAAGAAAUUCCUGUCAACAAAUACCAGAAAAAGAUCAAUCAUGCGUCAAAGUUGGUAGAAAUGAGGUUCAUUGAAGUACUAAAAUUGUGGGUAAGACUUUGAAGUAUUUUCUGUUGGAAUGGUAAUAGUGAGUUUACGUUCGAUGAACAGUGGAUGAAGAAGUCUUCUCAAGACUUGACUUUGGAUUUCUUUUGAUUUCUUUCAAAAAAAUUUGUUUUCAAAAUUUGAGCUGCUAAAUUCAGGGUGCAGCUUAUCUGCAGGUGCGGCUUAUCCAUGGGUUUUUGCAGUAGGGGGUUUUUAACUAGGAGUUUGUCAACAAAGGUCAAGUUGCAAGGGUAAAUAGUGUGAUAGUGGUAAGAAAGAUGAAUUGAGACUAACGCCCACCAAAGUGCCCCUUCAUGUCUCCUUUGGCAUCCCUCUUUUUCAUCACAGACAAUUAUUAUUUGUGUAUUUAUUUCUCUCCUUCCCUUUCUGUUACAGAGAAUCAAGAAACACCAUCAGAAGAUGGAUCUGAACCUGACAGUAAGGAAGAAAACUCCAAAGAGAACAGUGACGAGGAUCCUGUCAGCUUUCAAGUGGUGGAUUCUUGGGAUGAUCAAGAUAAUGACUCAAAUGAACCAAAAGAAGAAGAGAACUCAGCAGUGUUGAAGUCUGAUAAAAUGGUCGAUGAUAAUGAUGAUGAUGAUGUUGAUGAUGAUGAGGAGGAAGUCCCAGCGAAAAAACUGAAGCUUGAGCAAGCAGCUGAAGAUGACUCUGAUGAUGACUUUGCUGUUCAGCUGCUGGAAGGUUAGAGAGUGUUAUAAUUCCAUAGUUAAACUGGAAAAUUUGACCAUAGAUGGGUUUUAAUGCAUUUGGUGAGAAUAAUGGGGCUGGUGCUUCAAACUCAAGGUUUUUCAAAAGUUUCCAAAAUUUUUUUUAAUCAUGGCAUGUCAACCAAAAUGAUUGCAGAUUGGAUUGGUAAGGGCAGUGUACUGAUCCUUUGAUUCCUAAGAUCCUUUUGUGGUCUUAAAUCAAAGGAUGUCCACUUGUUGCCAUUUUCUCUUCUUGUCAUCAGCUACAUGCUGGAAAAUAGAUCUACAUUUAUAUUGCAAGGAUAACUUCCUUUUCGGUCAUUCCAGGGAGCAGAAGGAUUGAUCCUCUGACCCCUAGAAGUGAUCAGUAGAUAAAUAUCCAUUGUAAUUCUAGGUUUGCAUGAGUCUUCCUGCUUUCAAUAAUUAAUUGCUUAAUUGUAUUAUUGUACCUAGACACCUAUGACAAAGGAAAACAAGACACUCUAGUUGAAGAAAGCAUGGACAUGUCAGAUGAGGAAGCAAAGAUAGCGAGUGAAGAUAAAGAAGAGAAACCACUGUUGCCACCUGAGGUGUUUGAGCAUCUAAAAGCUGCCCCUACUGAGGACAAGAAGGGAGAAAAAUCACAGACAGGUAGGGUGUAACAAAAAUCAAUCAACUUGCUUCUAUACAAUUCUCCUAUAAUUAAAGUUUUGUUUUUUUUGUGGAGGGACCAAAACUUAGGAAUUUAAAGGAAACCAAUGGAAGCUUGAAAAGAAGGAAUAUAAACAUUUUUGUCCACCCAUAUGCAAGACUUGGUUUGAGAAUCAAGCCUGGGUCAUAGUGGUGAGAAGUGAAUGCUUCUACCCAUGUAGUAUAUCUGCUCCCCAGCUGUAUUGUUGCUACCUUCAGCACUUUCCAAUUAGAGAGCAUUUCAGCUCAUGUUGUGAAACUGAAACCAUAAUAAUUGCAAAAACCAAUCAGAGCAAAGACAAGUGUCACCAGAAGCCAAUGAGAAUUCAUUGUAAAAGAUGCAAGGUACAUUGUACUAAGUUAAGUUUAGCUCUUAUUUUAAAAUCUGAUUGGUUGAGAAAGAGGUGAAACUUUUCUGGACCAAUAACAGCAAAUAUACCAAAACCAGUGCUAUCACAUACUACUUUUUACACUCAACUGAACAAUAUUCUAAUGUCUCUAUUGCAAAUUUUCCUCUAUUUGAAAAGCUGCCAAUGAAAAGAAGAAGAUGUACGAUAAAGCAGAGGAGGAUCAAAGGGUAAGAGAUUUUUUGAAAAUGUGUGUCUACUGGUAAAAACCAGCCAUACCUGCCGUACUAUUUUGUUAAGCCACACCAUGCUAGUUUUGCUUUUAGUAAUCCAUGGUCUGCUUUUAUUUUAGUCACAGAUCUUGGAAUUGGCUUCUGUACUCUGCAACAAGCUGGAUUUUUUGGAGGUCUCUCGUCAGGGUGUGUCAAACUUGAAGAUUUUGCUCAUUGAAAUGGAGGUAAGAGUAUCUCUUCACAUAAAUGAUUUAGAUCAACUCUUAAAAUGAGAUAACUGUUAAUACACAUGGUACUUGAUUGCUUUCUUAUUGGCAUGUGUAUCAUAGAUGUACUUCAGUUUUCUGCCUGGCUUAUACAAAAAUAUAUGUGUAAUGCACCAGAAUUUAAAUUGAAAAUGGGCUGAACCUAGUGUACAUAUAGAUGGGCGUCACAUUGCUUCUAAGUGUCAAGCCUUUGGAUGCUUGUUACAGGGCUUUCAUGUUUCUAUCAAAUGUUUAAUGACUUUGGAAUAUGCCUUUAACCUGGUACUCCUAGCAAAGUUGCUAGUUUAAGGUACAUUACCUCCCCCCACCUCUCACCCUAAGGGUUUGAAGAGCUUUAUCCAAGAAAAUAACUUGGUAAAUCAUGUGAGAACUCAAGAGGUAGUAAGACCUUUGAUAUAAGGUCUGUUGUGUUACCGUUCCACUUUGAGCAGGCUUUCAUCAUUAUCUCUUCUUAUACACGUUUCUCUGCCUAAGGGAAGAUUGGAGACUAGUUGAGGAGAGGUUUGCAGGGGUCUGGCACUAAGAAUCCAUGCCAGACCCCUGUCAGACCUCUCACUGACUCGGUUUGCUCAAUGCCUCAUACCUCCCUGCAGGGAAAGAAAUGCUUGUGCUAAAGCCCUAGUACCUUGAGCCUACUUGCAGGCUAUUUGAUCUUAUCUACCAAGAGUACUUGAGAGUGUUUGCUUAUUCAGACACAAAAAAUUGCUCUGCAGCACUCAAUGUUUAAACUUUUUAUUUUUAUCUAUUCAGACAAGAAUCAGUGAUUGGCGAGAAGGAGCUCUGGAUAGUCGUCACUUGGUCCUCAAGCUCUGUGAGGCUGACACACAGCUCAAGCAGUAUGAGGAGUCUGCUGCCCCCCCUGGCUGGUCGUGCCACUGGGACAGGUACUGUAUCAGUCUUGUGUUUUGCCAGGGGGGUAUUUGUGGCCUGUCUGGAGGGACAGGCCUGGAUUCCUAAUGAAGUGUGCUCAGCUAGAGACUGUGAUAGAUAUCGCUCAAUGUUGUAUCAUGUUGGAUUCUUCUGAGUCAACAUCCAAGAACGUUAUGUUCAGAAAAAUAUCAGAAUCUAGUUUUGUCAUCCUUCCAUGCUGUGUGAUCCACAUGCUCUUGUUUUCAUCAAACUGUGAGUGUAUUUGUCAAGUGUCAUGUUUAAGUACUGUCGUUUUUGUGCUUUUUGUGAAUGUGCAGUAAAUUUAAGUGUGCUUGGUAAUUGUUGUCCUUGGUUCAUAUAGAUAUAACUUGUUUGCAAAUACCAAAAAGUGAGCUUUAAGGUUGAAAUUAAUCUUUACUGCUGUCAAAGUUCAGAGAAAGAAGUCAUUUUACGUACAAUAUGAUAUCACUAAAGACAUAAUGUGUGACAGCUCGGUUUAGUAUGCUAAGAAAGGCACAAAAUUCUUAAAAAUUUUGCUAAAAUUACAUUGUAGCAACAUUGUAGAGGUUCUCUGAUAAGAACUGUAGGAUUUAUCGUUAAAAAUUAGUUGUCAAAGGACCUCAAAAGACAAAUUUUAAUUAAAGAUUCUUUAAUUCUCGUUUUUUAUUCUUUUUCGGAAAAUGUUCAGUUUCUGUGUUGUAUUUUAAAAGUAUGACUGCUAUCUCUAGUAGUAUUGAUAUUUAUGGACUAAAUCAAAUUAUCCAUGUUACCGUGAAAACUGGCGGUUUUUUUUUUCACCUGAUCUAUUUUUUGACGGUUUCUUUUCCUAAAAGUGUAUCGUGUCAACUUUUCAAACGGAAUUAUUUGAAGUGUGUCGCAUGUAUUUCGUUCAAAAGGAUCAAAAUUUGGUUUUGUUGAUGAUGAAAUCGUCAUCAGCGAAAUAGUUUUUAAGAAAAACUACCCAAUCUCAGUCUUGUGUCGGUGCAACUGCUGAUUGUGUUGAAAGUUUGGAGUGUUCAUGUUUGUCUUCAUUUGUGUGACGUAUAUGUGUUAUGUCAAAGUGUAUGUUAUGAAAUCGACUUUGUGGUUGCGUAUCGUGGACUGGUCGUCCUGUGGCACAGCUGGCCAGUAACCGGAUUCGAACACACUUUUCUGAAGAUAGCUUCUGCCACAGCAAUACCAACAACACAAGGCAAGAAACAAAGUAGGACAUGAACGAGGUUAGUGAAACUGUAUGUUUAAACACCUUGUACUCCUUAUUACUCGAGAGAUAAGUAUGGUUGUUUUAAUUUGACACUAUUAUGUGCGUUUUUGGUGAUAGAUUCUUGCCACAGAGAGAGCGUCAGUUCAAGAAUCUUUUACCAUGGCGCUUAAUUAAAGCACUGUUUUUUUGUGACAGAGGCUAUCCUUGCGGUAUUUAUAUCACAGUUAUAUGCCAGUUGAAUUCAAAAGGGAGAAAGUUUGAAAUAAAAGCUUAGAGGAGUUGGGAAAUCACGCCAUUGUCUUGGAUUGCCUCUCACUCAAAAUCAGUUCUCUCUGUUUAUAGCCUGAAGGCAUCUACUGUCCCUGUUCGCGGGUGUCUCAUUCUUCCGUUCUCCUUUCCUCUGUUUCAUUUCGACAGAACACACAAGCGCUAUUACUACACGAAUAGAGUAACAGGUGAUUCUCAGUGGGAAUACCCCUCAGACGAGACAGAGUCAGAUGUGAAGGAGGACACAUCUGCUGUAGAGACAUCCAGCCAAAGCUCAACUGCUGCAGUGUCGAGUUCUCAGACAAGUGUGCCGAUGUGGAACUAUUCAGGUAAAAUGUAACUCUUCUUGAUGUGCUGAGGCAAAUUGUAUGCCAAAGUCGCUUCUAGGUGUGCACAGAGUAGAUGUUUUUGUUCUUACCGCCAAAUAUUGCUUCUUACGGUUAGUGGGACCACCAUCUGACAUAAAAUCAUUCUGUUUACCACAGCUUACGUUCCCAUGGUGCAAGCGCCCGUAAUGUCUGUUGUAAUGCCCACCGUACCAGUGGUAUCGUCAUCGGUUACAGCAGGUAUUUCGUUUUCUUUGUUGCCAUACUUGUGACACAACUGUCAGUUUUCGAUGACCGAGUUAAAAAUUUACCAUCUUUCUUAUACUAUUUAAACGACAAAAAUUCCUUCUUUCAAUCAGAUUCCCUUGCCAAUCCUCCUGUCCCUGGAACAGAUCAUGGAUUCAAAGCUGUUACCCUCACUGCCUCGUAUCCAGACGAAGCGGAAGAAUCACCUCCCCCUCCCCCAGGUUCGUAUUUUUGUACGCUCUUGAUUCUCCUUUCUUGUUUUCCGGAAUGUACUUUUGGAACUGAAAAAAAUGAGGAGAAAAAAUAAUCAUUUCACGGUAGCUUUUUGAGCUACGAGAGCGUGCUCAGUAUCCGCUGAGUUUAGUCCUUUCAGAAAUCAGUUUCUUUUUGCAUUAGGUUGAGAAUGAGGCAAGGUAUUAGAUAGAGCUCUCUUCGUUCCGUCUAUCAGUCAUGUUAUGCCUCUGUCCUUAAUCUCGUGGUUUCCGUUCUGGUUGGAUGUAGAUAGGGUUCCCGAAAAAAUUUAACGAAUUACAGUGUCAAAAGGAAGAUUUUAGGUAAAUGAGUUAGUGACAGAACUGCUGCAUUCAGUGUUUUACAAACCCUUACCUUAGUUUCACUUUUUAUGUUGAUAUUUUGGUACAGGAACGGAUGAUCUUCCACCUCUCCCUCCGGUAGAUUCUUGUACACCCCCACCACCACCUCCAGAGCCUGCAGAAGUUCCACCCCCUCCUCCCGGAGAAGAAAUGCCAACAACUGUGUCGACUACGGUGACUAGAGUCGCGUCGCCUUUCAUCAGUGGACAGCCGACGGUUGCAACCGCCGUCGCAAAGUCUCGGUCGCUUCCUCGAUCCAUUGUUGACUAUUCUGAUUUGGAAGCCUCUAGCGCGAGUCCCCCUCUGCCUAUUGAGCCCGUGGCUGCGGCUGAAAGCAGUGGGACCCAGUUUUCGGCGCCACCUCAGGUUUGCAUGAUUUGAAUGAGAAAGAUUGAACUAAAAAUAGUGCUGCUUAUAUUUCGUAGUUCUUUUCUUGCAUUAGAAGAUGGGCUGUGUUCUUAAACGUGGUUUUUUUUUUUCUUACAGGGAAUUGCAGCUGCUGUUGUGUCCACACCCACAAGUUUGACGGCUAAACCUAAAGUGAAGAAGAAGAAAAAAGUGAGUUUUUUUUACGAUUUUACGAAAAAAACCGUUCGGAGUUUAAUCUAAUGACAAAAGUCGGCUAACAUUAGCGAAUAAUGGGGAUUUAUUGACCGCACGUUGUUGCGAAAGUUUCAAGUUCCUGCACGACUUUCUCCUUCACCCGCAGUGAGACUUGGAAAAUCGCUCACACUUUGAAUGUGUGUAUUGAAAAAUCAAAAUGAGUUUCAGGAGAUGCAGGAAAAGCGCGUAAUCGUAGGCUAUUUACCGUUGCUAUUUGCUGUAUAGUUUUCUUAUGCCUCGUUAGCUUUUGUCUAACCCAGUUCACUGGGUUUCUCAGUAAAAAAUGUUUGUUCACGAUUCAAAACUUUAUCCUCAUUAUGUGAUGUCUUUCGAGCGACUUAGGAACAAAAUGACGCUUUCUUUCAAUGCCAUAACUUGAACCAAUUAUGAAAACAUACCUGUCGUUGAGCAUUGCCCCUCAGCUGUGAGCUUUUUUCCAAUCCAUUUUACACGAACGGAUGUCCUUGCUCCUUGUGUCUUCACGUCCAAUGUAUCUAACUUCUUUAAGGGAUUUUGAAAAGUCAUUAGGCUUAUUUCGUUGAAAUAUUGUUGAUACUUGGUACCAGUUUAAUAAAAAGUAUGGAAGCCAUUCGUUCAAAAAAAAAUUUUGUCCUCGUCUUAGAGCUCCAAGGUUGGUACAUCGCUAUUAUCGUCCAAGGCGCGGAAAGUUUCCACUCUGGUUCAGAAAUGGCAGAGUAUAAAGCAACAAGAAGAACCAACAUUAGAUAGCAGUGAGGACGAAGAAGAACGAAUCGAUCCCUCUCGACAAAUAGAGGAGUGGAAGAGAGAACAUCUAUCGAGGUAGGUAUCGCUUUUCUAUAAACACGCCGGUGAUGAUAUAUUUGAGGAUUUGAAGUAAAUUCUCUACUUCUGAGAAGCAUCUGUGCUCAGGGACCAGCUGUAGGAGUGCUCCUUUGAAACACGGCUUUAGAGGGGAUACAGACUAUGGUCCAACCCGCAAAGAAUGCUCAUUUUAACUUUUCGAUCUGAUAUUUUCAGAGAGUAGUCAAUCAAUCAGUCAAUCAAUCAAAACGUGCUCUCACGUAAUAUUCGAUUAUCUUUUAGUGGUCAGGCAGCUUACAAUCCUAACUUUGAAGAGAUCAAAGGAGAUUGGAGGGAGCGACUUAAACAACGUCAAGCCAAGGCAAGAAGUGGGGCUGCUGAUCAGAAAGAUACGUAG